GCCUUGCAUUUCACUACACAAUUUUGUACCCAAGUUUCAGAUAAUUAACUUCGGCGAAAAUAAUUCAACCCAUCAGCACAAUUGCAAUAUUAGCACAUGAAAUGUUGGAUUUGGGGCUUCUUCAUUGGUGAACAUGAAGUUAGCCGUAACAUUUGCUGUUUUGGCUCUGCUUAUUGGAGUGCCUGGUUCAGAUGCAGUUGGCUUUGGGUCUAUUAGAGACUACUAUGGCCAAAUUGCUGAGGAAGCCUGGCUUGAUUUAAUAUUUGAACCAAAAAAAACGCGUACUAAUCCAGGUGAAAUUAAAAGGUUCUUGAAAAGUAAACAACCGGGAAGAGGUUUUGAUGCACUAAGUAGUGGAGUUGAUUUUGAUAAAGUUGCAGCAUCAUUUGAUAAGAAAUGUCUGGAUAUCACAGAUUACAAAGAACAAAGACCAGAAUGUGAAGAACGUGAAGGGCCUGUCGAUCUCUGCUUCAUUGUGCAGAUAUCAUGCAGGUGUACUUGUGGUGAGACAUUAAUCCUCCUUGAUGGAAUAACAUCAGAUAUAAACAAAAUCAUUGGAUCUGUUGGUAACGAUAGCUCCUACAUGGUUGUCACAUACAGCAAGGAUGCAAAACAGAUAAUAAAUUGGUCAUCCACUGCCAGCAGCCUACCAAGAGACCUCAUAGUUGGAGGUGAAACAUGUGAUGACUGCAAAGCAAGGACACAAGAGGCUCUGAGUAAAUGCAAGGAACUACUGAAAGUCAACAAUGAGAAUAACAACAGAGAAUGGGUGCCAGAUGUUAUUGUAACUUUCACUGAUGGACUGAGUUGGAGCGAUAAGUAUGAUGUGGGAUACAAGUACCGACAAGAUACAAUACAAGCCAUACUGAAUAUAAGAAGGGAUUGCAACUACACAGCAGUUAGACCCUUUAAGAUACCAGAUUGUGAACAAAAUUAUGUUGAAUCUGAUGAAUGGCCCUUAUUAGAAUAUACACCAUCAUCUAUGGCAGAUUUUGUUAAGGUUGAAGUUAAAAAUCUACAUACAAAUCCAUACGAGACGAAUAUUCCAGUAAUUCAGGCGGAAUUAGAUGAAAGUUGUAGGAUCUGUUGUAAUGCUGACAUUGUUUUGGUGAUUGACCGUUCUAACAGCAUCACACCUGAAAACAUCAAUAUUGUCCUGGAAUUUUAUAGUGACUUUAUUGCUGCACAAGAGCACAUACUUGACCCUCACGACCCUGCAACACUUUCUACUGACCCUGGUCUGCGCUUUGCUAUCAUAUCUUACAAUAGAAGAAUUUUUAUUCAUGCAAACCUUGGCUUUCAUAAUCAGACACAACUAAUUGAUAUUAUUGCUGCAAUCCCAAGAACAACAGACAAAUACACACACACAGACGAGGCAUUAAUUGAAGCCAAAAGACAAUUUAACCAAUUUGGUAGACCAGAUUUACUUGUGCGCAAAAUUGCCUUAGUUGGAACAGAUGGUAGAACUUGGAAAUAUCCAUCCAGGAGUGUGUACACUGGUCCCGCUACAAUAGAUGCUGCAAAUGCGAUUAAGGAUGAUGGGGGAGAAAUCUAUAUGCUUGGUUUGCCAAAUAAAAGCAACAGAACUGAUGGAUAUGAGAGAGAAUGGAUAUACCUAGCAAGCGAGCCAAUUAAUUGCACAAUUCUUGACUUCAACAAAGGUGGAGGACAAUACCUUAAGGAACAUUUGGAAUAUGCUGCCUUGCAUUUCACUACACAAUUCUGUACCCAAGGUCCUGGAGCUGUGUGUCUUCUUCCUGAAAAUUAGGCAAACCAACAACCCCACAACCUUAAGAUGACUAAGGUCCAAAUGCAUUUGAUGGAUAUAUGAUCCAAAGUAAAGAGAGAAACAAUUUAUAUGUAUUGAUUUGAUGUGUCAUUUAAUAAAAGUGUUUCAUCAAAUAAUUUGCCUAAGUUGAUCUUUCUUUAAUUCUUUCACAUCAUUUCCAAUGCAUACUAGUACCUUUAUUAUCCCGAUAAUUUAAGUUUAAUAGGGAUAUAUAGUGAAUCAAUCCAUCUGUAUGUUCCUCAGUAAAGCUUCCUUAGAGUCUAGUGAAAUUU